ACCGCCGCCACCUCGCCCGACGCGCCGCAGCUCGCCGCGGCUGGUGGGCGGUGCGCGGAUCGUGCGCGCCGGGGGCGCCAGAUGUGCGGUCCCCGCCGCCGCCAGUGACCCAGCCGCAGCCCGGGCGGGAGCCGGCCGCCUACCCAAUGCUGCGGGGGCGACCUUGAGCGCGCCCAGGUUUCCCUCGGCGGGGACCCAGACACCGCGAGCGCCGUGCCCUGUCCUGCCCUCUCCGGCCCGGCUCGCCCCGCGUUCGGACAUGGAGGGGGCCGCUGCGGCCGCGGCCGGGGACUGCCCGGACUUGGGGCCGGGGGCUCCGGGCUCUCCUCCGGAGGCGGGGGCGGGGGCGACAGCAGCCCCCGCGGCGGCGGCCCCGGAGCCCAGGAAGCCGCACGGGGUGAAGCGGCAUCACCACAAGCACAACUUGAAACACCGCUACGAGCUGCAGGAGACUCUGGGCAAAGGCACCUACGGCAAAGUCAAGAGGGCCACCGAGAGGUUUUCGGGCCGAGUGGUUGCUAUAAAAUCCAUUCGUAAGGACAAAAUUAAGGAUGAACAAGACAUGGUUCACAUCAGACGAGAGAUUGAGAUCAUGUCAUCCCUCAACCAUCCUCAUAUCAUCAGUAUUUAUGAAGUGUUCGAGAACAAAGAUAAGAUUGUGAUCAUCAUGGAGUACGCCAGCAAAGGGGAGCUGUAUGACUACAUCAGCGAGCGGCGGCGCCUUAGCGAGAGGGAGACCAGACACUUCUUCCGGCAGAUCGUCUCCGCCGUGCACCAUUGUCACAAGAAUGGUGUGGUCCACCGGGACUUGAAGCUGGAAAAUAUACUGCUCGAUGACAACUGUAAUAUUAAGAUUGCCGACUUUGGGCUUUCCAACCUGUACCAGAAGGACAAGUUCUUGCAAACGUUCUGUGGGAGCCCACUCUAUGCCUCUCCCGAAAUUGUCAACGGGAGGCCUUACCGAGGGCCAGAGGUGGACAGCUGGGCCCUGGGCGUGUUGCUUUACACUCUCGUGUAUGGAACGAUGCCCUUCGAUGGUUUCGAUCACAAAAACCUCAUUCGGCAGAUCAGCAGCGGAGAGUACCGGGAGCCCACGCAGCCCUCAGAUGCCCGAGGCCUCAUUCGGUGGAUGUUGAUGGUGAACCCCGACCGCCGGGCCACCAUCGAGGACAUUGCCAACCACUGGUGGGUGAACUGGGGCUACAAGAGCAGCGUCUGCGACUGCGAUGCCCUUCACAGCGCCGAGUCCCCACUCUUGGCCCGCAUUAUCGACUGGCACCACCGUUCCACAGGGCUACAGGCUGAGGCCGAAGCCAAAAUUAAGGGCUUGGCCAAACCCGGGGCCCCCGAGGUCAUGCUGGAGCGGCAGCGGUCGUUGAAGAAGUCCAAGAAGGAGAGCGACUUUGCUCAGUCCGGCCAGGACUCGGUGCCUGAGAGCCCAUCCAAGGUGAGCUCCAAGCGGCCCAAAGGGAUCCUGAAGAAGCGGAGCAACAGCGAGCAUCGCUCUCACAGCACCGGCUUCAUCGAAGGCGUCGUCAGCCCCGCCUUACCCCCCGCUUUCAAGCUGGAGCAGGACUUGUGCCGGACUGCCGUGCCCCUGCCAAGCGCCCCCGAGGCGGAGGUGCCCGCUAAACUCAGCCCCAAACAGUCGGCCACGAUGCCCAAGAAAGGCAUCUUGAAAAAGACCCAGCAGAGAGAAUCGGGUUACUACUCGUCCCCGGAACGCAGCGAGUCUUCGGAGCUGCUGGACAGUAACGAUGGGCUGGGUGGCGGCAUCCCCUCCCCGAGCCCCCCGGAUCCGGCCAGGGUGACGUCCCACAGCCUCUCCUGCCACAGGAAGGGCAUCUUGAAACACAGCAGCAAGUACUCAGAGGGCACCAUGGACCCGGCCCUGGCCAGCCCCGAAAUGCCCACACUGGAAUCCUUGCUGGAGCCCGGCAUCCCUGCCGAGGGCCUCUCCCGGAGCUACAGCCGGCCUUCCAGCGUCAUCAGCGACGACAGCGUCCUGUCCAGCGACUCCUUCGACUUGCUCGACUUGCAGGAGAAUCGCCCUGCCCGCCAGCGCAUCCGCAGCUGCGUCUCUGCCGAAAACUUCCUCCAGAUCCAGGACUUUGAGGGGCUCCAGAACCGGCCCCGGCCCCAGUACCUGAAGCGGUACCGGAACCGGCUGGGAGACAGCAGCUUCUCCCUCCUCACGGACAUGGACGAUGUGACUCAGGUCUACAAGAAAGCGCUGGAGAUCUGUAACAAACUGAACUAGCUCCCCAGGGUGCAGGGGUGGGUCGGGGUGGGUACAAGGGAGGAGUGGGAGUGGUGACUGGGCUAUGGACAGAGCUGGUUACCUCUUUGCUGGCCAUGACAACAGACUGAAAAAGGAUCGGUGCUGUCUUGCUUUGGCCAAAUUUGCAGCCUUGAGCCAGUGCGUAUGAGGGAGAAGUGGGCUCUUGGCCAGUCCUGCCAACUGCCAGUCAGAAGUGGGAUCCUCAUUGGCAUUUGCUUUACGGCACCUCCUAGAGUCCAGGGGAGGUGGUGUUGGCCAGCACUUAGGGGGUGGGGAGGGAGCAUAUGGGAGAGGAAACGUUUCCCUAGAAGUCGUCCACGUGCUUCUGGAGGAGGGCAAGACAGACUGGGGCCAUCUGCUCUGAGUGAACUCAGAGCUCGCUCCUUCUCUCCUCCCGCGUUAGCAGGCUUGGUCUGCCUGCAGGGGGUGGGCACGUAGAUUUCAUCUGAGCUUGAAUCGGUAAUCGAUGGAUAGGGGCUGCUGGGUGUGCUGGUUUGAGUAGCCCAGACAGUGGGAAGGAGUGCUGUGAUUGAAUAGUAAUGGCUGCCAUGGAGAUGGGAAGGGGUGCAGUAGCACUCUUGCCGUGUAGUUGCCAUCCUUGACCUGGCUAAGGCCUGGGAGUGCUAGUGUAGAUCCCGUGGGAUCUAUGUUAUCUCUUUCAUGCCACUGGUGUGGCAUUUGUUAAUUUGCUACUCUGCCUUGAAUGGAAGACAGGGCCUUGGUCAGAGAGAGAGUGCUCUGAACACUGCUAAGGACUUAGAGCCAGCCCAUGGUGAUUUUUUGGCUUUCUGUUGUCUGCCUCUUCUUUCCUGGUGUCUUCCUGGCUCUUCAGCACAACCUCCAAGGGUAGACAGGGAAAAAGAGGUGGUGUCAGAGGUCAAAACUAUGGUGUAUAACAGAGCUUGGAACCCUCUGUGAUCUUUUGCAGAUGAGUGGAAGUUGAUCCACACCAGCAAGGGGACAACUUGUCCAUUUCUUUAACAUCUCAAUAUUAACUGGAAUGCUGCCUUGUGGGUUCUGACCUGUGUGAAUGUUUUGAAUUGGAUGUGAUAUCGUCCAUAGUCCCCAAAGGAGUAACUCGCUCAACCAUUAACCUUGUUUACUCGUAGCAAACGGUUUCCCCAUCCACUAAGGGUAGAAUCCUCAGAGGUAGGCGAGUUUCCUUCUAGGGAGUUAGUGUGUAGGUGGGGUAUUUGGAUGAGGAAAGGUAAGUCAGGCGGAAGGUGUUUCCCCGUACGAAUCUAGGUAUUCUGUGUCCUACCUGCCUAGAACUCCUAGGCUUUAGGGGGAGCGUUCCAGCCACUCAGAUGAAUAAGGUGCUUCAAGAGCAGAGUGGGUUGGGAGGAAGCAGAGCGGAGAGGGAACACUUCCCUGGAAGUCCUCCAGAUGGUUCUGGAGGAGGCAGAAAAGAGGUGUGACAGGACUCUUAGCUUGAAAAGUAACAUAGCUAACAUAGUGUAACUUCUAGACACCCGGAUUACAGGUGAUCAGAUGUCACGCCCACAGUGGGGCAUCUUCAGAUACCGAGUUUGGAAUUAAUGGUCUUAUUUGGGAGUUUGGGACAACUUCAGGUUCUACUGGCCCCAGCUAAUUGAAACUUUUGUUUCAGGAUGGCUGACUUCUGAAAGCCAGCUAGACAUUUAAGGAGAACUAGUCUUGGGGGUAUUUUGGGGAAAACCAACAGAUCAUAGUUCAUGGGGAGAAGAGAAGGCAUUCACCUUCAGGUACUAAGAACAUUGAUUAGAAUGAAACUGCCCUUUUCCCUAAGGAGAUGGCUCCAUUUCUCCCCUUGUCACCAGCUCUGGGGCUUUGGCUUGUGCGUCCCUUCGGGUUGAGCUGAGUAGUGUAAUAUGGGAAGCUUUCCGGUUUCCCUUCAUUCAAUUCCACCUCCUUCCUGAACUCCAAGAUAGGUUCAAAGGGAAAAAAAUUCCGUAGCUAGCAAACUGUGUAUGCGGCGUGUGGGUGCGCGGAGGGCAUUCUGCAAUCUCUAAAGCUCCCUCCUUGUCUCAUUUUACGCAACCUCUUCUGGACAGCCUGCACUGCCACACUGCUGGUCCCUCACGCAUGGCAGCCAGCCUGGUUGGUAGCUGUCAGUAUGACUUAGGUAUAACACCUACCUACUGGUUGGUGUAUUUUCCUCUUGCCCAAGUGAUUGUGUCUGUUUGGUAUUUUCCAUCCUUACAAUCUUCAAGUACAAAUGACACUAUUAAGGAACGUCAUUCUACCCCCACCCCCAAAACACAUGUAUGUUCUCUUUUGUCAGUAGAACCAGACAGUGGAUUGUGGUAAAGACAGUCCUCCACUCAGAGGAAGAGACCCUGAGUUUAAUCCUGGUGUGCUGGUGGCCUUAGGCACCUGCAGUAUCUCCGGGGCUGAGUUUUCCCUUCAGUGAGGGCUGGAGGGGUAGAUUAGCUGGUCUCUCAGGCCUUGCCUAGUUCUGACAUUCUGCUAACAUCCUCUGAUUCUGGACGUGAUGCUGACUCUGUCCUUUUAAGGAAAAACUUGGAAUAGAGGGACAGGCCCUCAAAGCAGCUCCCUUGCUUCCUGAUUAAGUCCUAUCAUCCCUUCCAGCCAAUCCCAGCCAAGGAAAUUAUGCUUGAUUCAUUUCCAUGGAAUUACAAGUGAGAGACACUUUGAUGACCUGGUGGACCAAGCAGGAGAUUCAAGGUCAGCUCUCCUGGUCCUUUCCUUGCCUCUGUGGGCCUUUCAGUGUCUUAGUUUACACAUCUGCCAAAGGAGUAGACUUAUACUUCUUGUUACAGGUAAAUUUCAAGGCAUGAUCAGUUUUCAGGAAGUGCUUCAAGACCCCAGGCAAAAUGAAAAUGCCAAGUACUCUCUGAAUUUCCAUCCCUGUUACAAGGUGCUGCUUCUGCAGAUGGCAAGGUGCAUCUUUCAGGGUGAGACUCUGGUGAGUGUUGGCCACGCCUGCGGUCUUGAGUACAAAUGUGAAUGACUGACUGACUGCUUAUUGCCAAACUGGAAAUGUUCUGUAGGGAUUUACUGGCAUGGUAUCAUUCCUAGAAGAAAAAAAAAAGAGAGAAACUUGACUGCACAUUUUUUUUAAUCCGUGUUGUGACUUUUAUUUAAUUUCUAUUUUUUUUUGGUAAUAAAAAGUUGACUUUUUUAUUUGAAUUUGUCUUUUUUUAUUUAUUGGUCUGAAAGGCAUUUCAAAGGUAUUAUAAUAAUAUAUUGGUGUAAUUUAAACGGUGCAACAUGCUUUAUGUCUCCAGUCAAAAUUGGUUUUCAUUCAUUUGAUUGGUUUGAGCCCAGGACAGCCUACAGGGGAAAAAAAAAAGCUGGAUAACCACCCAAAGUGUUUGUAUUUUCAUUGGAAACUGAUUUGUUUUUUGUUUUUGUUUCUGUUUUUAUUUUUAAAUUAAAUAAAUUGCCAUGAACUGAA